UUUUAUUUUUUUUUUUUAUUUUUUUAUUUUAUUCAUCCUCCUUUCCUUUAUAUAUAUCUUCACUCAUUAUGUUUGAUUCUGAUAACAAAUAUUUAAAAUCUAUUGGGUUGGCUAGUAGUCUUGCAGCCGUAACUUUAACCUAUUUGGCUACCAAAUAUAAUGAUCGUCUUUUAUUUGAACCUGCUCGUUCUAAUAUUGUACGUAAAAAGGGUUUACCGUUAGUAGGAUGUACUAUUGAAGUUUUAAAUGGUCUUGAACAAUUUAAUCAUUAUCUUCUUGCUUGUUUUGAACAAACUGGAGCAAAAACCAUUACUAUUUCUUCCUUGGGUCUUCCUCGAGGUGUUCAAACUAUCCAUCCUGAAAAUAUUGAACAUGUAUUAAAACAUAAUUUCGAAAACUAUGUGAAAGGUAGUUUAUUCCAUGCUUCUACUGUUGAUUUACUUGGUCAUGGUAUUUUCAAUGCUAAUGGUGCUCAAUGGCGUUACCAACGUAAAGCUGCUUCUAUGAUCUUCAAUGUUAAGAAUUUCCGUGAUCACUUUACAGAUGUAUUUGUCAAGGAACUUGUUCUUGUUCGCGAUAUUUUUGAUAGAGCUAUUGAAAACAAGACUGUAGUGGACUUUCAUGAUAUUAUGUACAAGUUCACUUUGGAUUCUUUUGUUCUUCUUGGUUUUGGUACUCAGGUGAACGCUUUGACCACGGAAGGAAAGGUACCAUUUGCCCAUUCUUUUGAUGAGCUUCAAAAGAAUUCAUUUGAUCGCUUUAUGAACGCCAUGGAACCUGUGGAACGUAAAUUCAAUGAAAUCUUUAGACCUUGGAGAACUACUGUUGCUCAACAUCAAAAGGUGAUUGAUGGAUUUGCUGCUAGCGUCAUUGCAAAACGUCGAACUCAAUUGGCUGCUGGUGAACAACAUAAGGAUUUACUUUCUCGAUUUAUGGAAACAGAUAAUGAAAAUGGUGAACCUUUGAAUGAUAAAGAACUUCGUGAUACCAUCAUGAACUUUAUUAUCGCCGGUCGUGACACCACUGGUCAAACUUUAUCUUGGUUGUUGUAUAACUUGAUGUUGCAUCCUGAUGUUGAAGAAAAAUUGGUACAAGAAAUUGUUUCUCAUGUUCCUGUUGAAUUAGAAGAAGAUUCUCCUGCUCUUUAUGAAGCCAUUAAGGAUAUGAAAUAUGCUUAUGCUGUACUCUACGAAACAUUACGUUUAUAUCCUUCGGUUCCCAUCAAUCAAAAACAAGCAUUGAAAGAUGACGUUUUACCCGAUGAUACUCCUAUUCGUGCUGGUGAAGUAGUGAUGUGGUCAAGUUAUGCACUUGGAAGAAAUACUGAUAUUUGGGGUGCCGAUGCUAAACAAUUCAGACCUGAACGAUGGUUCACUGAAUCUGGUGAUAUCCGUCGUGAAUCUCAAGGCAAAUGGCCCGCUUUCCAUGCCGGUCCUCGUGUUUGUUUAGGACAAAAUCUAGCUACACUCGAAACAUUGGUCGCCUGUACCGUUCUCUUGAGAAGAUACAAAUUUUCUAUGAUUCCCAACCAAGAUAUCACUUAUCAAAACUCUCUUACCCUUCCUAUGAAGAAUGGUCUCAAGGUCACCGUCGCUCAUCGUGGUUAGUUUAGUGAUUUUUAUCUUUAUUAAACUUAUGCCCUUUCACAUAAUAUCUCUUCUACAUUUUUUUUUCUUAAUUACAAUAAAAAAAAAAUAUAAUAUCUGUGUUCUUUAA